CAGGGAGGUCGAACCCGCCUGCAUGCACAACUUUCCUGUCCUGUACCUGAAAAUAUCUCCUUAUCUAAAGGCUCAGGCUCAGUUCUCGUUUCAGCUCGCUGCCGCUGCUUCUUCUUCUACUGAAAACCGAGAACGAAAAAUCCUCAAUGAAGUUGGCGUCGUCAUGCCAUUGCCACUCAAAGCUUCUCCUCCCUCCCCCUACCCACCUCCCUCACAGCGCCCGCUCCUCCAUGAAAACGAACCGCUGCCCCAGCUUUCCCCUCGGUAGGCAAGUGAGGGUGGCGACACCGCCGCGACGAGAGCUCCCUUUGGGAACCAGUGCAGUCGCUGAUCAAUACGGCUCUGCUCUCACUGCUGCUGCUGCUGCUCCGAUGAAGACGGGCGACGUAUCGGUGUUCCUGAUAACAGGAUCAGUGCUACUGUUUGCGUACUGGAUAGCGAACUUCGUCGUUCCCGACUUGCUAUCCAAGUAUUUGGGAUUCGACAAGAUAAACGAAGGCGAGAAUUCUGAGGACGAUGAUAAAAAUAAAUCCUCGGAAGGAGGAGGAGAAGAGAGAGAUAGAGGAGCUGAAGCGAAUUCGAGGAUGAGUAAGAAACGGGGUUUCAACAGCACCCGAAGCUGACCUUUACAUUGGGUCGGCUUCGGUGUUCGCAUUUUUAUCGUCUGUUUCUGUUCUCUAAAUGCCACCAUCUUCAAAAUCAAGAUAUUCUGUUAGGCUUGAUUCCUGUAAUUUUGACGAUAAUAAGGAAAGAAAAUUCACCAUC